AUGCACCUUGAAUCCCUCAACUCCAUUAGCACAAAACCCAAAGGCCAAGUUUUCUAUUCUCUUCUUAAAAGCCUCGCUGUCCCCCUCUUUUUCUGCUUUUACCUUCUCGUCUCUCUCUCUCUCUCUCUCUUCAUCCUCUUCCUAAUGGCUACACAAGCAGCAGCAGAAAAUCCUCUCCGAGACAUCCAAAACAAGACUUGGAUCCUCAUAACUUCUAUUCACUGUGAAGGCUGCAAAAGAAAAGUAAAGAAAAUCCUCAGUCAAGUUCAAGGUGUUGAAAAUGUAGAAGUUGAUAUAAAGCAACAAAAGGUAAUGGUAACUGGCCACGUAGAGGGAGAUUCUUUGAUCAAGAAACUGAAAAAGUCUGGUAAGAACGCAGAAUUAUGGCUUGAAAAAACUGAGAAGAAAAAGAAAAAUUCAGGGCAAGGAAGAAACAAAGAGAAACAGAUUAGCAAUGAACCAAAAAUCGAGGAAAAUGGUGCUAAAAAGGAGCAGAAGCCAGCAGUGAACGUCCAAGUGGUUCAAAAUCCUGCUAAAAUAAGCAAUGGAGGUGCUUCAACGAGUAGUUAUGCAGCUAAAAGUGGUGGCGUAGCCGAAGUCGACGGUGGUGAAGUGAAAAGUAAUGAAAAACGUGAUGCCGGUGGUUCAGCUAAAGUUAAAGGUCCUGUAAAAACUAGCGGCAGCGAUCAAGUGGCCAAGUUAAAAUCAGAGGAGAAGAAGCCAGAGAGUAGCUCAGCCGGUGAACCACUGUUUCCGGCGGAGGAGAAAGAGGAUAGUGAAAGUAAAAGUGGCGUAUCUUCUGUGAAAAGUAACGACGGCAGUGUUGGCGGAGGUGUGAGUUGCACAACUGGUAAAAAGAAGAAAAGGCAAGGGCAAAAUGGGGAUAAUAAUGAGUGCGCGAAAUCAAGUGUUGCUACACCAGCAUGCACAGGAUCAGAGAAGCAUCAUGAUGCAGGCCCACCUCCAAUCUCCGUUCCAGCUAAUCAUAUUCCUCCACGGCAGCAUGAUUAUCAUGACUACCCACACACCAUCCAUCCCUACGGUCCCCCACCCGUGUACGCCAUGAGCUACAAUACGGCGUAUCCUGCUAGUAGCUAUACGGCGUCGUAUUACGCAGCCCCACCACCACGUUCAUAUGCCUAUUCGUAUCCGGGGCAAGAGAUCGAGCCACCGCCACCCUCCAAUUCCGAUUCGUACCCACAACAACCGUUGGAUUCAUUUGAAAUGUUUAGCGACGAAAAUCCGAAUGGUUGCUUUAUCAUGUAA